AUGGCUGAAUAACCUCCUUUAGAUUAGUUAGACCUAUAGUUAGCUGAUUAAACAGAAGAAGAUAAUAUAGAUUUCGCUUAAAUGAGAAAAAAAGACAAUGCAAAUUAUAGAAAUCUCUGCAGAGGCUAUUCUAAAAUGAUAGAUCCGCCUAAUCUAGAGAAGCUAGCUUUUUUUAUAAUAAAAAAACAUGGAGAUAGAUAUGAAGAAGAGGUCAGUAUCCUACAUAAAUGGACUCAACGGUUUAAAUUUUUUUAAGAACUGAAUGCCAAGCAGAGUAAUAUAGAUAUGCGAAUCCACGAAAAAUGUUGCACAAAAAUUAAGUACGAAAAGAUUAACAAGGGUUAAUAAGUAUUUAUGGCAGGUGAUAUUCCUGAAAAAUUCUAUAUCAUUCUUAGUGGAUCAGUUAAUGUUUUACUUUAAAAGUCCUAAGAAGUUUUACAAAGUGAGAUCCAAAAAUCAUAAGAACAAUUCAAAAAAAGUACCUAAAAAGAAUAAUCAAAUAGCAUUCAGGCAAGAGUUUCAAGACUUUUAAAAAAAAGGCAGGUCAUAAAAAAAAUCUAAGAUAAGUAAUAGCUCGAAAUAGAAAGAAAGUUAAACCCUUAACCAAGUAUCAUGGAUAAUGAAAAUUAAUAAAAUUCAGCUGAUGAUAGUACACCUUGUAAGUCAAACUAAAGUUAAAUUUAAGAAAUAAAAGAUGAAAGUAGAAAGACCAAAAAUUAUUUUAAAAUUAAUGAUUCACAAAUGACAGAAACUCUUCCUGAAAAAUUAAGCCCACUAAAAAAGCAUAAUCCAAUUAGAAUGUCUCAUCUCUAUUAGGAAUCAAUAAUUUAAGGUUAGCCAGGAAAUUUACUGAUAGAAUUACUUGCCAAAAAUAGUUGUGAUUCAAGUCCUUCUUCAAAUUUGAGAAUAUAAAAUAAAUCUCCUAUUUCUAAAAAUUAAGAUUUUAGCUAAAGUACAAUAAAAGAAAUCAGCAAAAUAUAACUAAACAGUAUUAAAAAUUCAGUUUUAAAUAGAUCUAACUCUAAACAAUUAGAUUUUUCAGAAAAUGUAAGAUAAGCUGGCUACUUAGAUUAGUAAAUCUAAUCAUCAUUCAAAAAUGAUGAGACUUAAAUUUCACUUGAAGCUGAAAAUAUAGAUGAAGUUUAAGACUUAGAAUUAGAGGAAAAGGAUCUUGAUAAUGAUCCAAUAUUCAAAGGAUUGGGAUAAAUAAAGCUUUCAGAUUUAGCAGAACCUUCCAAAUUUAUUUAGGAUGGAGUACUAACUCAUAACUAUUUAGUGACUCUAUAAACAGGCUAGAUGUUUGGUGAAUUAGGUCUGCUCAUGAAAAAACCAAGAGCAGCAACUAUAAUUGCUAAGGAAGAUACAGAAUUUGCUGUUUUAGAUGCUGAGGACUAUAUUCAAAUAUUAAAAGCAGGAGAAAUGAAAAAAUUUAAUAGAAGAAUAAAUUUCUUCUCUUCCAGCUUACUUCAAAAUUGUGGAAGAGAGGUUGUCCUUAAAUUUUCUUAUAAUUUUGAAAAAUUAAAAUUCGAAAAGGGGUAGAGUAUUUACACGCAGCAGGAAUCACCAAAAUUUGUAUACCUAAUAAAGAAGGGAACAAUCUAAAUAUCUAAAAAAGUAGAAAUAAACGAAGACAUUGAAGAUGUUUUUGAUUACGGCUACAAGAACCCACAAUAAGAAUUAAGAAAAGAAAUCAAACAUCUAAAAUAGAAAAAACUAUACAUUGAUAUUAUAAUCAAUGAAUAUACUACAGGUUAAUCAUUCGGAGAAAUGGAAGUUAUGUUUGGAUGUCCAAGAAAUACGUCUGCUAUUUGUACUUCACUUUCAGCCACAGUCUACGCUCUCAGUAUUAAGAAUUUUUUAGUGUUAUUACAUGAAAAUAAGUUUUUGGUAAAGGAUUUCUAAAAGGAAAUCAGUAUGAAAGAAGAAUAUUAAAAAAAUAAAAUUAAACUUUAUUUAGACUCAAUCAAACAAUAAAACGAAACUAGCAAGCAGCUUAUUAAAGAAAGGGAAAAAAUUGUUAUUAAAAAUAGAAAAUUUAAUAAAUUUAAACAAAAUCCCACUUUAUUUGAUACAGUUUUUAAGCCAUCCUUUAUAGAUUAAAUACAAAUCGAUAAUGCAGCAUAGAAAAGAGAAAACUCUUAAGAAUAAAAUAAUAAUAACUAGUUAGAAUUUCAUUAACGAAACUCUCUUUCUCCAAAAUAGAACCCUAAUAAUUAUUACUCUCCUUCAGUAAUUGAACAACAUUGCUAUAAAAAUGAAAAAGGUAACAAAUAGAUAGAUGUAUCUGAUGAACUAUUUGAAAAUUCUGCCUUUUCUUAAUUUUUAUAAGAGCUCAUUAAAAUUAAAAAGUAAAAACUUUAAGAAUUUAAGUAAAAUAAAAGCAAAGAAGAAGAAGAUAAUGUAGAAAAUGCUGAAAUAUUUACAACCAUGCUUUAUGUAGAAUAAAUUAAAAAAUAAAUGCAAAACAUUACUCAUAGUGCUAAUUAAAUUAAACCUGGAAAUGUUAAACUCAAAAAAAUAUAACAUUAAGAAGGAAUUGAUUUAAAAGAUACUUUGAAUUUAGAGAUGCUUAUCAUGAGUGAUUAAAAAUUAAAAUAAGUUGUUUACUCCCCUAUAAACUCAUCAAGAAGCAUCUAAAAAGACCUAUAGAAAGAUAUUAUAAACUAGACAGACGAUUUUGUUGAUGAAAUACUUUCAUAAAAUUCAUACUAUAUUAAUUAAGACUAUAUUUAGAAUAAUUCAGCCUAUCAAAACAGUGAUGGUUUUACAAAGUAAGUCUAAAGCUCAAGAGAUUAAAAAUGUCUAAUUGAUAACCUGAAUAGUACAGUCGGAUAAAAGUCUUUGUAACCUUCACCAAAUAACAAAAGCUAAAACUUAGAUUGGCAAAAAUUUAUUGAAAAAUAUAAAUAGAAAUUAAAAAAUGUAACAUCAAUUGAUAAAAAACCUGUGUAGCUUAAAAAAGUAUACUCGCAUGCAGCAAGCAAAAAAUUCUUUUAAGAAACUUUGUUAUAAAAGAAACAAUAGCAGAAUGAAAGAAACUAUUAUUUAAAAGAUUUGUAGAAUUCUUUUGAAAAUAGCUUUUUCACAGAUAAUGAAAAAAAUCUUACUUCUUCUAAGAUUUCCAGAGAUUCCUACUUUUUUUCUACUUUAAACACUAAAGAAAAUAAAUAAUUUUAAAGAAAGGAUAACCCAGGUGCAGGUAUAAAUCUUGAAAACAGUAUGCUUUGUUCCAUAGAAUACGGGAACAUAACAGAUUAAGCUACUCCUGUAAACAAAAAUGACAGUUUAGAAGUUUAGAACUUGAAAUAAAGCUAUUUUGUAGAAAAGAAUGAGUAGCAACAGUAAUAAUCUAAUUAGACACCUAAAAAAUUACCAAAGAUAGAAAACAUGUCAUCUUAAAAGCUAUCAAGCACUGAUCUAGAUUAGAAUGUAAUGUCUUAGAACUAUAAUAAAAUAGUAACUGAUUUUAAUGACCAGACUUCACCAAAACAAAAUUUAAUUGAGACGGUAGGCAAAUCACCUAAAGCUUUCAAUAAUAAUUUCAUAUUGAAAAAUACUUUAAAAAGAAAUAGCAUUGAAAAUGAUUUCCUAAAAUCAAAGGUUAAAACUGUGAAGUAAAAUAUUUAAGAAAACAAAUAAAUUUAAGAAUAUUAUGUAAAUUCAUAAUACUAAAAAUAAGAUAAUAACAAUGAGUAUAUUUAAAUGAAUAAAUUCAACAAAUAAACAAUUUUUUCUUAACUUACUGCUUUAAAAGCACAAAGAAAAAUUCCUGGUAAUUCCUACAUAUCUUAGAUAGAUUUGAGCUGCUAAUUUUUGAAUAAUGAAGAAAGUAAGCCAAUAAUUGCUAAUGCAUCUGAAGAUUCAUAAAAAUUUGCCAAACCUAUCAACACAUUUUAGAUUUUAAAGAUACUUACUAAAGGUUAAAGUAAUUCAUAUAGAUCACCUAUCUUAAAUAUUGAAGAUGAUAAUUCGAAAUCUAAGCUUAAAUAUAAUAUGUCUUUCUAAGGAAACCUCUAAAAAUCUAGAAACAAUUCUUAAAGAAACUUAAUUGAAAACAAAAACAAAUCUUUAGAUAAAAAGAAUAUAAAUAUGUCUGUAAUAAAUUAAAAUAUUCUAAACUUUCAAAAUAACAUGAGCAAAUUGAAUAAAGAAGAAAUUAAUUAGGAUUCCAGUUUAUUUGCAAGUAUAAACCAGCCAUCCGAAUAAAGCAAUAGUGACAAAAUAAUAUUAAAGGAAAUGAAAAAAUCUUUAAGUUUUACAUCUAAGCAUAAUUUAUUUAGAUCAAAACCAUCUAAGUUAUACUUGAUAGAUAGAUAUUCUCGAGAUGCUAGGCAUGAAACAGCCCAAAGUUAUCAUAAACCCUUAAACAGUCUAAUAGAAUUUCAAAUUAAAAAAUUAAAACUGUAAAAUCAAAGUUCAAAAACUUAAGAGAGUCAACCACUUUGA